AGUGUGCGCGGUGUCGAAACGGAUAUUACCAGAACCGAUAAAAUUCGAGCGUUUCUGAAAUCGUUGAUGUGUUCUUUGUGUUGAAUCCAGAAAAUAUGGAAUUUAGGUCUUCAAGGUGGCGGACAAAAUUCGCAACGAUAAUGAUGAUAAUCGCAACUGUACCCAGAAAAUUACACUGCCAAAUUCCGGAGAACGCGACGACAAUAAGGAGCAACAUUCUCAGCAGUUUGAAAUUAGACAAUAUGACCGAUCAGCCGACAGCAGAACUGAAAAGUAACCUGAAUGAGACCAGAGAGGCCUUAUCGCAAGGUGCCAGCGAACCGGAAUCGGUAGUCUUUAUCGGAGAAUCUCCGAGUUACGUCCCAUUACCAGCGCUUCGGAACAGAGAUUUGCCUUCCGUGCCGGACGAUGAUGACUGGCAAACUCCCCUAGACACUUGGGAUAGAGAAUACAGAAGGUUUCGAUUUAAUAAUACCCGAGUGCAACAUAUUGAAGCAGAAUGUCAAGAUGACUACAUGAAAAUUCGCAUAGGUUUCAACGGCACGUUCACUGGACUUGUAUAUUCAGCAGGUUACGCCUACGAUCCCGACUGUAUGUACGUCAAUGGAACUGGACGAGACUACUACGAGUUUUACAUCCAGUUGAACAGGUGUGGGACUCUCGGAAAAAAUACCCACAACGAGGACAACAGGAAAACACCAACGAAAAACUUUAUGUGGAACACCGUCACCGUUCAAUACAAUCCUUUAAUCGAGGAAGAGUACGAUGAACAUUUUAAAGUGACCUGCGAAUACGGAUACGAUUUCUGGAAGACUGUGACAUUUCCUUUUUUAGACGUGGAGGUAGCAACUGGUAACCCUGUGGUCUUCACACUAACUCCUCCCGAGUGCUAUAUGGAAAUACGUUAUGGAUAUGGAACGUCCGGCAAUAGAGUCACGGGACCUGUGAGAGUUGGAGACCCCCUAACACUUAUCAUUUAUAUGCGUAGCAAAUAUGAUGGAUUUGAUAUAGUAGUCAACGAUUGUUACGCACAUAACGGCGCAACUAAGAAAAUUCAACUUAUCGAUGAAUAUGGAUGUCCAGUCGAUGACAAGCUAAUAUCAAGGUUUAGAGGAUCGUGGUCGGAGUCGGGCGUUUUUGAAACUCAAGUUUUCGCGUACAUGAAAACGUUCAGAUUCACAGGCUCCCCGGCGCUGUAUAUAGAGUGUGACGUGCGAAUGUGCCACGGACGGUGCCCCAGCCAGCCGUGUCACUGGAGGAACGUAAAAAACGUAAAGAAGAGAUCAAUCCAAUCCGAUAUCGAGAAAAAACUAUCGCCCAACGUUUCCUUAUCGGAAAACGUCAAUCUGUUUCAAUCCCUACGGGUACUUCAAGAAGAAGAAUCCGACGAACACAACAACGUAACAUUGAAAGAUAAGGCGAUACCGCCCCAUCCGGGAAACAUAUGUCUUAAGACAGGGUGGUUUUCGGCCCUGCUCGCGCUGGGCGGAGGUCUGGUGUGUUUGAUGGCGGGCGCCCUUUUGGUAACUUGCACCAAAAUGAGAAAAAUCGCAAUAGACAAAGUAUUAGCGGCAAGUCAUUUUAACGGUUACAUGAACCACAGGAGUAGUUUUAAGUAAUGUAAGAAAAACUCGAAUAGCUACGUGAAAAAUAGGAUAAUAAAUACGUGCGAAUAAAAAGUCUAUGUUAGGAAUAAAGUUUGCUGUAUCGGCAAGUGAUGGUAGCCGCGUUUGACGAAGCUAAAUAGUUGAUAUUGUGCAAUUCGAUUCAGCCAUCGGCCAAAGUUUCUUAAACGCGUCGAUUCAGCUAGUGCUCACGAGUCAUCCUUCAGAUAUCUACAAGUAUAAUUUGCACGAAUACACAAUUGAUUGACAUAAAUUUUGUUUUUCAAUUAGUGGAUUAGUUAGAUUCUUGUAAAACUGUGCACCCGGUGGCUCGCAAAGUGGACGGCUUUUUAAAGGACAGCACUGGAGAAAUAACCUUAGUUUUAUAAUAGUUAUUUUAAGUAAUCUGCCCAUAUAGCUAUCAGAUUAUAUAAAGGCCGUUAAUAAUAAAAUUACUACAUCUAGGGCACCUAUGACAUUAUCGUAAAACAAAACUAAUUAUUGUUUUACUAUGGUAACGGUUAAAAGUUUCGAUUACCUAUUUUAUAAAACCUUAUCGAUUGUUCGUGAACCGUUUUGAUUUCUCUUAUAAAACCUCUCCAGCACUUAAAUAGAGAAUCUUAUCAAGAUCACAGUGACCAUAUAAAAAAUUUACACCCUAUCAAUUUGUAACUACGAGGCUUAUAAACUCUAAAUAAGUUUUAUUAUGGCGGCGAAUACAUUUUCAAUACCCCUAUGAAACCUACUUACAGAGAUUAUAAACACUAAAUAAAAAACUCCUCCUUUUAGCUUCACCUUUCUCGAUAUUAUUCGCUUGUUAAAAACUCACAGUUUGAUAUGGUUUAAACGCAAGGUGAUUUGGAAUUUGAAAAAUGAAUUUUUAAAAAACGUUAUCGGUAUAAAAAUUGCACAAAAACGGUGCUUUAAGAAUUAUAAGUGUUUUACCAAGUAAGAAAUCCCAAUAGUAUUUAUAAUUAUAACGUUUUUAAGAACCCUAUAAAUAUAAAACUCAUAGCAAUGAAGACCAAAGGUUUUAUUAGUAUUUUGGCAUAUAGAAACUGAAAACUGUUGAAUUGCGUUCAAAUUGAUUGCUGGAUGUCACAUACCUAUAUGUCACAUGUCAGAUACCUAUAUAAAUUACUCUUCUCAACAUUUUGUGAUAUUGACCUCAAAAGUGCCUGUUCAUCGGCAUAGGCAAGGCCCUCUGUAUACCUAGUAUCUGUGCUAUACACCGUGGGCAAAGUUCCUUUAUCACUCUAAAAUAUUUUCAAACAUGGCGACAUUUUGCUUGGUUUAAAUGGCACCGUUUAUGUAUCAUUUCAUUUUUAAGUUCUAAAUUCUAAGAAACAACGUUGAUUUUGUUUAAAUUUUACCAUACUGUCCUCGGUCCACUAAUUAUUAACCGGACUGUCCAGGCAAUUCCAACAAUUGGCAUCAAAUCAUUGUAGACGGAGCAUAUACUGGAACACAAAGUUUCGUACGCAAGUACGAACAGAAAUGUUUUUAAGUAAAUUGAAACUAAUUAAUCAAAUUUAUUUCAAUUACUUUUAAAUUAGUAAAAGUACAUAUUUGAAGAGUGAAUGACGAAAUUCAUAGAACUUCAUGAUACCAAAAUCUAAAGUCUGAACAUUUUAUAUAUUUUAUAUUUUAAAAAUUGAGAAAAACGAUGGGAGAACUAUAGAAAAAAUACAAAGAAAAAAAAUCAUUUUUAAACUAAAAAAGCUAAGAGGAACUUGACCAAACUUAGGAUUAUUUAUGCACCAUUGAUAAAAUUAUUCACUUCCUAAUUGUAACUACUAAACCAAUCUAAACUUUAUUUAUGUAAAAUGACACCUUGAUCGGCUCCCUCCGCAAGGCUCCAGAAAAAGUUCGGAUUAGUGUUAAUUAAAUUUUAAAACGGAACUAAAAUUUGUGCAAAUAAGGUCCAAAUUAUUUAUAAAUCAAGUGUUAUUUCGAAAAUAGUAAGGGGCAUUUAAAGGGAAUCUAAACAAAAUCCACUUUAUGUUUUUGUGUAAAAACACUAUGGCAUACAUUGAGUGACUUUUAAAUUAAAUAAGAUGUGCCUUCGUUUUUUUUUAGAUGCGGCAGCACUGCACGCUCCAAUAUUAUUUAAGAUCAAUUUUCGUAUUCCAGAAAUUUCUAAUUCCACUCAAAAGCCACCCGGUACAAAAGAAUUAAACAUACAUUACAUUACAUUACAUACAUGGAGAAUAAGCAUUUUCGCAUUUACCUUUUCACGUCAGGCUUCUUCUUCUGUAUGUUUGAAAUGUUCUGGAUAUUUCAUAUAAAAUUUAUUUAAUUUAUAUAAAAUAUCUCCGAUCACGUCAUUGUAAAUACAAACACAAUUCCUCUAAACAGCUACAUUAGAUUUGUAGAUCCUAGUGUGUACUUUUAGAAUUAUAAAUAAACAAUUCUUUUUUAA